UGCGCGCAGCAAUCCCGGAGCAGGAAGUUGCUGUCAGCGCUUUGCUGUGGUUGGAAAAUGACGGAAAAUGCUGUUGCUUGUCUGAAGACAUAGUCUGGAUUUAAACCUUUUCUUUUCUUCUGAAAACAAAUCUUGUUAUUGUUUCCACAAGGAUCAUCAUAUUGUAAACAUGCGACUUUAUGGAACGUGCGCUUUUGUGGCGCUUUUAUUUCUCUCAUCUUUGGACUCAUCAGAAGCCUUUGAAACCACGGUACAGCCACAAAACGCUUCUCAAGUCACAGUGUCCAGCGAGCGACCUAAUUGUACUGUGUGUACAGUCACCGGGGUAAAUGACACCCAGACAACCUGCCAUCCUUCUUUGGAUUUAGUGCCUGGGGAGAAAGUUAAACUGCGGUUUACCUGCUCGGAACCCAUUGAACAAUCAUACAGUGUGACGAUUACCAGCUUAAUUGAAUGUACGGAGAAGUUAUGUGAGCCUCAAAUAGUAGAGGUUCAGUCAUCGAUCCUGUCAGAGUUCUCCAGAACCUUCAUCUGGAAGCUGAAAGCUCCUGAAAAGACGCUUGUGCGUCUACAAGUCCUAGGCGAAGAACUGACUGAGACUUCAAAGCCUUGCACUGAUGGACUGUUGUUUUCAAUGGUUGCAUCUGAAACAAACGAAGCUCCAACUCAGUACUGUCGGGGCGGCUCUAUUGCACAACUUGACUUUUCCAAUCAAGGCCUGAUGGUUCUAGAAGCCAAACCACAGAUAAAGGUGCCCUCUGCACUAUUUCAGGCCUCGUCAGGACCAUUGGAGCGAGAAAUGACUGUUACCAUUGGUCCCAGUUCAACCGUGGUUCUGAGCAGAGAACCUGGGGAGAAAGAAUGUGAAGUGUGUGUUGUUAACGGUACCAGUCCUGGUUGCAGCGCAACAGAAGUGACUCUAAAAAGUGCUGAAAAGCUGUCUUUAAAAUUUAAAUGCCUGAAACCUCAAGAAGUGUUCCAAAUGAAAAUGACAACAGAGCUGGCAUGCACAAUGAAUUCCUGCACCCCUGCUGUGGCCGAAGUAGAUCCAGAUUUCUUCAAGGGUUUUAAAAAAAACAUAACAUGGGACAUUAUUAAUGUUCCAGACAAGACUGUCAUAACUUUAGAAUUUCCCAAGGGACUAGAAGAGAAAUCGUCUCCUUCAGAGACUUGUAAAGAUGGUUUCCAGUAUACUGUCAGUACUAUGAGGCUCAAUGGACAGUUGAAAACUAGCAUUUAUUGCAAAGGUUUGAGUGGGUCUAAACUUGAUUAUUUUGGAAUGAAGACGGUGUCUGUCGAAGUGCCUAAAGGAGGAGAACUGGAACCACACGUAUUCAGUUUAAAAGCAGCACCUAGAGGUGGAAAAUCCAUGUCUGUGACCUCUGAUCCCAAAACAAAAGUCAUCAUCAGCAGGAAGGAUAAAAAACCAGACUGUGAAAUCUGUGCAACUAUAAAGUCCGUUCAGGAGUGCAACGAACUAAAAGUGACACUGGACAGUCCUCAUUCCACACCAGUGGAAUUCACAUGUUCUGAACCACAAAGUAUCUUCAGUGUGGAAAUAAACAGAGAAAUUGACUGCACAGAGGAAUCCUGUUUAGGUGAUACCGUUCAUGCACAAAAAAGUUUCUUUCCAGACUUCAACCGGACUUUCACCUGGGACUUGAAGGUUAAUUCGACUCGAGCGUUCGAUCUAGACUUUUCCGAAACGGGACUGCGACAGAUUCCCAAUGAAGAGAUGUGUCCAGAUGACAACACAUACUCUAUUGUGAUUUACUCACGAUCUGGCCUGACAAAUAUCGGCACUUUUUGCAAAGGUGGCCCUGUGACCUCAAUACUGGGUCGUUACAAGGGUCGUGUGUCACUGACCGUUCCUGGUAAUGCAAUGCUGGACCCUGUGAACUUCAAACUUAAAGUCGGACCUGAGACAAAGAUGUUGGCCACAGUUAAAAUUGAUCUACCACGAGGCGUAUCAGACAUAAACAUUGUCACACCUAACUAUCCUGGAGAUUUUCCUGAUAAUGAGCCGAUACAGUGGAUGUUCUCUGUUCCCGACAUGCACAACUACACCAUCAGCUUCGGUAAUGCGGGAGCCCCUGCAGAGUGUCUAAAUGGUGAUGUUGAGGUAGAGUACCAGAAGGAGGAAAAAAACAUGACCAAGUCGCUGAUGGAUCCCCAGCCUAAGCAGCAGCAGGGUAGCUUUAACAUGAUCCUAAAGAACUGCGAAACAAACAGAACGCUAUCAGGACUCAGCCUAAGCUACAGUGUCUCUGUGAUGAGGAGUGGUCACCCAGUCUUCUGUACAGUGGAUCUAAGCACACACAAAGGAGUUUCCAUGCAGAUAGAGAAGGUGGGUUCUGACACUUUUUGUGAGAUGACCAUAGACUCUGUGCCGAAGGAGAAGAUAAAUGUGGCUGCUGGUACCAAAGCCAAACUCUCCUUCCUCGACUGUCCUAGGGAGGAUGUUCGCCUGACUGCAAGCAAAAUUAUUGCAUGUGACGAAAUAACAUCGUGCCCUUCAUUUAAUCUCUCUGUACCGCCUUUGGGUUCCUGUCCACCAAUGCCCCUGCUGAGCUUCACGUGGCACCUAAAAAUUCCCAAAGAGGCCACCCUAGACUUGCGUUCUCCUACGGGAAGUCUCAGGCAGUCCCUGCCAGGGCAGGAGUGCAAUCAGUCUAACUCGCUGCAUAUUGUCGAGGAGGAGAACUUUUCACUUGGAGAGUUCUGCUCGGAUGGUGUGAUCAAGAAACUUCAAGUCCACACCAAUGUCUCCAUCACAACUACUGGACAAGACUUGAAGAAGAAUGUGGAGCCUUUGCUUAACGUCGUCGUCAGUCCAGAGAUCGCAGAGGACAUCAUCUACAGAGUCGAACCCAGUAUGUUGGAGACCACCAUACUGGCCACCCCAAGCUGGCCUCAGGGAAUGAAGCCUUUCUCCACUGUCUCCUGGAUCGUAGAUCUUCCUAGUCACUACAAAGCACACCUUAGGUUCACCAACGUCAGCAAGAUCAAAUGUGCAGAAAGACACACCUGCAUCAAGGUUCAGUACCUGGGCCAUAAGGAGGAGCUCAUGAGCCGCAGGGAGGAUGAAGACGUGGAAGACCAGGUGCUCAAGAAGAGCUUCUACCUGAACAUCUCAAACUGCAAACCAGAGAAGAUGCAUUUUGGUGUCAGAACCAUAAUUGCUCUUCAGAAAAAGACCAAUUGGUUAGCUAUCAUUCUGGGUUUAUGCGGAGCUCUUGUAGUUCUGAUCGCUGUACUGGCUACUAUAUGUGUUUUAAUAAGGAAAAAGAAAGCAAAAAUGAACACAGAAUCUUCUAUCUACAUGGGCAAGGGAAAUAUCUUCCGUCCAGGUGAUAAGCACUUUAUCAAAACCCAGGCGGACAAUGACUCCCACGUUUAUGACUACAUAGAUGACACCAUGGUCUAUGGCCACCUCCUGAGUGGUUCCACCUACAAUGAUAGUUUGGACCUCCCAAAAGGGCCGCAGACGGACUCCUAUCAAACUUUUACGGGUCCCACUGAUGGACCGCCACCGGUUAGUAAGGAACCUGAGCCAGAGAAGGAACAGUACCAAACAUUCCUGGACCCCUCUGAGACUUUUGUCCCGCCUCGUCCUCGCACACCCAUCGACCGGCAGAACAGCCUCGGCUUUCAAGACCGGAGGAUGGUAGAUAAUGAACUCUACACAUUCAAAGGCAAAGCAGAGAUGAACACAAUCCAUCUCUCUGGCCCUGAAAUGGAGCCGGACCUGCCGAUGCCAGAGGACAGUUUGUAGUGUAAAGGAACUUUCUACAUGAUUGACCUGGCUUUUUUUAUUGAAUAUUUGUCUGGGUCUGAGGUCCGUAUCAAACUCUGGGAUCUGAGGUCUUUUUAAUGCAUCAUUUUACUUCUCUGCAGAGCUCCAAGGCUUUAACACCAAGAGCCUCAUCUCUGCUGGAAUUGUUCUGGGAAUCAGAUGCAAUCAUUCUAUUAGUCAAAAGAGAACCUUAACCAAGCUGGAGCACAGUUCAGAAGCUUAACAAUGAAAUCUGUGACCUCUUGGACAAAUUUUUUUUUAUUGUUAUAGUUAUUUUUUUCUUAUUUUGAAGGGAAAUGACAAAAUAAUUCUGAAUACUUUUUAGAGUAUUUUUCUACACAGUUUUGUUGUUGACCUUUUCUGUGAGUAAAUAUAGAUAAGGAGGAAAGCAUACUAAUAUAUCAUCACUGAUUUCUAGGGAAAAGAUGUGACCAGUUUCAAAUAUGGUUAGACUAAAGCUACAGACUACUUUUAUGUCGUCUGCAAGAUUCCUCGUUGUUUUCUUUUUGUUGCCCCUUUUGAGGCAAUCUGUCUAGUUUUAAUAAUUUCAUUUUUAUUUUUAAAUCCGUUUUAAUUUCAGAGGUUUGAAACAAUCUAAUUUGAUUUUUUUUUGUGUGUGUGUGUAAUUAGGGAUAUUUGUUUUCCAAGUGUUUUUAUGAGUUAUGAUGUGCAGAAUAAAGUUUUGUUGGUAAAUGCCUCUUUGUUGUUUAAAACCCAUCAACCAGACACUGUUUUUUUAAU